UCCCUCCUUUGAUCUCUCUACGCGCACGCGCGUUAAGUUUCUUUGGCAAUGCGGGUUGCCAUGUGGCGUUCGCCGGCGGCGGCGUGUCUCGUCGUCGCUGUCAUCCUGUCGGCGGUGGCGGCGGCGGGAGCGGAGUAUGUGAAGUACAAGGAUCCGUCGAAGCCGAUCGGCGAGCGCGUGGACGACCUCCUCAGCCGGAUGACGCUCGCGGAGAAGAUCGGGCAGAUGUCGCAGAUCGAGCGCGCCAACGCGUCGUCCGCCGUCAUCCAGAAGUACUUCGUCGGGAGCGUGCUGAGCGGCGGCGGCAGCGUGCCGUCGCAGAAGGCGACGGCGGCGGACUGGCAGCAGAUGGUGAGCCAGAUGCAGAGGGCGGCGCUCAAGACCCGCCUCGGCAUCCCGAUCAUCUACGGCAUCGACGCCGUGCACGGCCACAACAACGUCUACAACGCCACCAUCUUCCCCCACAACGUCGGGCUCGGCGCCACCCGCGACCCCAACAUCGUCAAGCGGGUCGGCCAGGCCACUGCCCACGAGGCCCGCGCCACCGGCAUCCCCUACACCUUCGCGCCAUGCGUCGCCGUUUGCCGCGACCCGAGAUGGGGCCGGUGCUACGAGAGCUACGGCGAGGACACGAGGCUGGUGCAGCUGAUGACAUCGGCCGUGGUGCCGGGCCUCCAGGGCGACCCGCCGGGGAGGCACCCCAAGGGGACGCCAUUCGUGGCCGGACACAUGAACGUGGCCGGCUGCGCCAAGCACUUCGUCGGCGACGGCGGGACCAAGCGCGGCAUCAACGAGAACAACACGGUGGCGAGCUUCCACGACCUGAUGCGCAUCCACAUGCCGCCCUACGACGACGCCGUCAUCAAGGGCGUCGCCUCCGUCAUGAUCUCCUACUCCAGCUGGAACGGGGUCAAGAUGCACGCCAACCGGUUCCUCGUCACUGAGAUUCUCAAGAACAAGAUGAAGUUCAGGGGCUUCGUGAUCACGGACUGGCAGGCGGUGGACCGGAUCUCGACGCCGCCGCACCAGCACUACUACCACUCGAUCCAGGAGACCAUCCACGCCGGCAUCGACAUGGUCAUGAUCCCGUACGACUACCCGGAGUUCGUCACCGACCUGACGGUGCAGGUGUCGAACGGCUCGAUCAAGAUGGAGAGGAUCAACGACGCCGUCAGCCGCAUCCUCCGCGUCAAGUUCGCCAUGGGCCUCUUCGAGAGCCCGCUCCCGGACCCGCGCAUCGUCGGCGAGCUCGGCAACAAGGAGCACCGGGAGGUCGCGCGCGAGGCCGUGCGCAAGUCGCUCGUCCUGCUCAAGAACGGCAAGCCCGGGAAGAAGCCGCUGCUGCCGCUGGACAAGAAGGCCAGGAAGAUCCUCGUCGCCGGCAGCCACGCGCACAACCUCGGCUUCCAGUGCGGCGGCUGGACCAAGUCCUGGCAGGGCCAGGGCGGCAACAGCUUCACCGCCGGCACGACGAUCCUGGAGGCGAUCAAGUCGGCGGUGGACAAGACCACGGUGAUCGACCACUCGGAACGCCCGGACAAGGACUCCAUCGCCAAGACCGCCGGCGAGUACGACUACGCGGUGGUGGUGGUGGGCGAGCCGCCGUACGCCGAGACGGCCGGGGACAACCUGAACCUGACCCUCCCGUCGGCGGGGCAGAAGGUGAUCAAGGACGUGUGCGGGCUCGUCAGGUGCGCGGUGGUGCUCGUGUCGGGCAGGCCGCUCGCGGUGGAGCCGCACGUCGGCGCCAUGGACGCGCUCGUCGCCGCGUGGCUCCCCGGCACGGAGGGCCACGGCGUCGCCGACGUGCUCUUCGGGGACUACGGCUUCACCGGCAAAUCGCCGCGGACGUGGUUCAAGUCGGUGGACCAGCUGCCGAUGAACUACGGCGACAAGCGCUACGACCCGCUCUUCCCGUAUGGAUUCGGCCUCACCACCAAGCCGCCUCGCCAAAGUUGAUGAGAAGUUCCCGUGGUUCUUUUAUUUGGAGCGUGUGUGGUUUUAGGAAUAAAUAUAUGUUAGGAUCUUUUAAUGGUUGUGUUUUUUUCCUCGUAGAGAUACACUGUCGUGUUGCUUUGCUUCGCAAGGUUCGUUGUUGAUAAGUUAGAAUUGGAUACACUAUCAUACACUAUUAAUCUCGUUAUCUCUAUUAUUAUGAACAUUCCCUAGCAAAAUACGUACCCUUGUGUUUCAAUGGAUGAAAACAAUUUUCACUGUGUGCAUGUCUGCACAAAUCA